AUGACUACGAUCCCUUCGCCUACUGACGUGGGGGCCUUGGCUAACCGGAUCAAUUUCCAUACCAGAGACCAGCACAAUAAAAUUGACGGCCAGAUGAGUGUCAAGUUUGCGUUUGCUAUGAAACAUGGUUUCAUUUACCGCCAGGGAAUUUUAGCAUACUACUACAUCUUUAACGCCAUAGAGCAAGAAAUUGACCGAAUUUUCGAGCAUGCUGAGACCCCGGAGGAGCUUCAAACCAGAGAUAUUCUAAAACAGUUUUGGGUAGACGACUUCCGCCGUUCAGACAAAAUUUUUCAGGACUUGGAGUUGUUGUAUGCGAAAGAGUAUCCAUGCAGUGCCAGUCUCAAGAUGUUUCUAGCAGAAAACGUGCUUCCACCAGAGCAGCAAACGUUUGUGAACUACAUUCACGAAGGAAUCCAGGCGAAGCCUACGGCGGUCUUGGCGUAUUGUCACGUCCUGUAUUUGGCUCUUUUCGCUGGCGGAAGAGUUAUGAGGUCAACGGUUUACAGGUCGACCGGAUUGUUCCCAAAGUUCCCUGAUUUGACGCCACAGGAAGUAGUCCGUCGUGGCACGAACUUCUUCACUUUUAGUCCCGACGGCGUUUUGGCUGAAAAUCAGCUCCGCAAGAACUACAAAAAGGGAUACGAAUUGGCCACGCGCCAAGGCCUCACCGAAGAACAGAAGCUGCACAUUCUAGAGGUAUCGAAUGCGGUUUUUGAGUGGAACACACGUAUAGUUUCCGAGAUUGGAGAAAUAAAUCGUCAGGAACUAAUGGGUAAGUUGAGCUUCAAGCUCAUCUCGUUCGCAAUCGACGAAUGGAAACACACCGAGAAAUUGACUCGCAAACAGAAAAGUCUCAUGCUGGCCAUGGGCGUUGUGAUUCAGUUAUUGGCGAUGUACUGGAUGUUGCGCAAGUUAUUUUAG